AUGGAAGUAAAAAAAUUAUCAGCAGUUAAUGAGGUACAGCAAUUACUACAAAAAUACAGUUCAGUGUUAGAAGAAGGCAUAGGUGAAAUAAAAGACAUUCAAGCAAGACUUACAAUAAACCAAAGCGUCAAACCUAUUUUUUGUAAAGCGCGACCUGUUCCUUUUGCACUUAAGACAAAAGUAGAGGAGGAAAUUGAAAAUUUGGUAAACCAAGGGGUACUUAAGAAAGUAAAUUCAUCCAACUGGGCUACACCUGUUGUCCCAAUUGUUAAACCAAAUGGUAAAAUAAGAUUAUGUGGGGAUUUUAAAACCACAAUAAAUAAAUUUUUUUUAGUGGAUAAUCAUCCAUUAUCAACUGUAAAUGAAUUAUUUUCUAAUGUAGCAGGUGGGGACAAAUUUACAAAAAUUGAUCUAAGUCAAGCCUACUUACACUUACCUGUACAUACCUCAGACAGACAUCUAUUAACGCUAAAUACACAUAAAGGUUUAUAUGAAUGCACUAGACUAAUGUUCGGUGUAGCAUCUGCAACCGCUAUAUGGCAAAGAGAAAUUGAAAAAAUUUUAAUAGGUAUACCUGGGGUAACGGUUUUUCUAGAUGAUUACAGUCUAUAA